AAACAAAUGCUUUCAAUGGGCUUUUCUGAUUGGCAUGCAUAUUAACGAUAUAAAGUCACUUCAUAGAGCAAGGAUCAGACAGUACGAAAAAUUUGUAAAUAAUUAUGAUUGGAAAUGCAUUGAGUUUCCUACAACACAGCAGAAUAUCAAAACAUUUGAAAGUCGAAACGCUGAGAAGAUGUUCGCUGUAAAUGUAUUCGGGUUCGAUGAUCGAGGGAAGCUAAAUAUUAAAUACCAAAGUAUGCACAUCCGAGAUAAAAAACGGAAAAUUGUUAACCUACUUUACGUUCAAACCUGUGCAAAUAAUCCAGGACAUUUUAUGUACAUAAAUGGAAUUGAAAAACUUUACGGUUCUAAAAAUCAUCAUAAGCGAUUACUGUGUUAUAAUUGCCUUGCUCUAUUUCCAAGUCAAGCUCGCUUAAAUAAACACGAAGAACUUUGUUUUUGUUUCAAGAAGCAACGCGUUUGCAUGCCAGAUCCCUAUGAUUUACGCGAGGAGCCUGUUUGUCGAUUUAAAAAGUUUGAAAAUAAGUUAAAAUCUAGGUUUGUCAUUUAUUCGGAUUUUGAGGCUCUCUGUAUGAAAGUAAAGCGAAGAAGAGGAAAAAUACGGCAGUACGCUAAACAUGUUCCGAGCGGUUAUUGUUUUGUAGUUGUCUCAAACGAUGAAGUGAUUUAUAAAUCGUUAUAUCGUGGAAAGGAUUGCAUGGAAAUAUUCGUAAAAGAGCUUGAUGAAAUUUGCGAUCAACUAAAUAGUUUGAAUUUAAACAAGGUGCCCAUGAGAAAUCUUACAUUAGAAGAGCAAACAUUGUAUGAAGAGAGUAAUAUUUGUCACAUUUGUGAAAAUGUUCUCCAGGAGGAUAAAGUAAGGGACCAUUCACAUGAAACUGGACGCUUUAGGGGGGCAGCGCAUCGUCAAUGUAAUGCCAAAUACCGUCAAAAAGAUAGAAUACCGGUUUUAAUGCACAAUUUUAGGAGCUAUGAUUCGCACUUACUGCUUAGUUACGUCAGAAAACUGUCUGCGAAAGAAGUGAAAGUGAUUCCGUCUAAUUCUGAAAAGUAUAUGGCGUUGCUCUGUGAGAAUUACGUUUUUCUGGAUUCGUUUCUCUUCCUCACAGCCUCGCUGGAUACUCUGACGAAUGACUUGUUGUUGGGAAAUAAUUUUGAGCAAGACUUCAAACCAUUAAUACAGAUUUUCGGACAGGGUGCGGCUAAAGAGAUGUCCAGAAAAGGAAUUUAUAUGUAUGAAUAUAUGGAUAAGUGGAAAAAGUUUGAUCAAAAAAAGUUUCCCAAAAAAUCCGACUUUUACAAUUCAUUGGCAAGUUCGGGCGUUUCAGAUGUUGAUUACAAGUACGGUAAACAUAUUUUCAAAUCAUAUUGCUCGGAUUUAGGGGAUUAUCAUGAUCUCUAUUUAAUGACCGAUACUUUGUUGUUGGCUUGUGUUUUCGAGAAAUUUCGUGAGGUUGCCUUGACACAUUAUAAACUAGAUCCUGUUCACUAUUAUUCGCUAGCAGGGUAUUCAUGGGAUGCUGCAUUAUUAAAUACGAAACAGGUUUUAGAUUUGUUUAUCGAUUCUGCCAUGUAUAAUACUAUAGAAUUAGGACUCCGCGGUGGUGUUUCAAUGAUUUCGACGCGAUAUGCUUCGGCGAGGAAUAAGUAUAUACGAAAAAGCGGAAAAAUAAAAGAUGGAGACAAUUAUCUUUUUUACAUUGACAAGAACAAUUUGUACGGGGAAGCUCUUCUUCAGCAUUUGCCCACAGGAGAUUUUGAAUGGGAAGACGCAGAGUUCGUUCAGAAUUUGACAACGGAAGAAAUUGUAAAAUGGGGCGAUGAAGAUAAUAUCGGGCGAAUUUUAGUGGUGGACCUAGGGUACGGGUCGGCAUUGCACCCCAAACAUUCAGAGUACCCGCUUGCCCUCGAGAAAAUUUGUGUAAACAGUAAGCUACUUUCUUCGUAUCAGACAGACCUUAUUUCGCAUUAUAAUAUGACUUAUUCUGAGAAGCAACCUAAGCUCGUACCGCAUUUGGGCCCUCGUAAAAGGUACGCUGUUCAUUAUAGGAAUUUAAAAUAUUAUUUAAAGAAAGGAAUGACUUUAGAAAAAGUACACAGUGUAAUUAAGUUCAGUCAAUCUGCAUGGUUGAAAAAUUAUGUCUUAUUUAACGGUUCUUUGCGUCAACAAGCACGAACCAUUUUUGAACAAAAUCUGUUCAAAUUUAUUGUAAAUAGCAUUUUCGGGAAAUCCGCAGAACAAGUACGAAAUCGAGAAGAUGUUAGAAUUGUGAGUAACCUAGAGCAGAUGAAGAAGUUGACUAGACAUUCGAAUUUCAAAAAUUAUCAAAUUUUAAGUCCUGACCUCGUCAUAACUUUUCUUGACCGCGCAGUGGUGAAAUUAAAUAAGCCGUUGUAUAUUGCCUUCACAGUACUCGACUUAAGUAAACUCUUUAUGUAUGAGUGGCACUAUGAUAAAAUUGGCGAGUGGUUCGGGGAAAGAGCGAAAUUCUUGUUUACAGAUACUGAUUCAUUAGCAUAUUCAAUAACCACUGAAGAUUUGUACGAGGACUUGGCUGAGCACGCUGACGAGUUUGAUUUUAGUAAUUAUGACCAAUCACACUUUCUUUAUUCGAACGUCAACAAGAAAGUUAUAGGGAAGAUGACAGAUGAAGCAAAAGGAAAUGUUCUAGAGAGUUUCGUAGGUGUUGCGCCGAAGAUGUAUUCCUUUCUUGGAAAAGGUAUAAGAAAGAAAGCAAUGAAAGGUGUCAAGAAACAAAUAGUUGAUAAGUACAUUAAUCAUAAACGAUUAAAAUCAGUGCUAUUCAAACAAAAGAAAUUGGUAUGCAGGAUGAAUCUGAUUCGUUCACGGCAUCACAAACUCUAUUCUGGAAACUUUUCGAAAGUUGCACUCCAUUGCUUUGAUUCAAAGAGAUACAUUUUAGCUGAUGGGAUUAAUACCAUAGCCCAUCAUGAUUGUCGCAUCGUUGCGUAAACCGUUUACAUCGGUUAGAAUUUAUGUUAAGUGUAUAUGUGAAAUAAUAAAAUUAAGAGUUGUAAAUUGCAUGAAGUAAACGAAAAUGGUUAUAUUUCAUUUUAAAUAUAUUAGUUUUAUAUUUGUACAAACAUGUAAGUCGAGUCUAUGCAAUAAAUAUUUUCAAAAGAAAUUUGAUCCUUUUGCGACAAAGUGGACAAUAAUCUUGUGUACACACGCAGUCUAAACACAUACUUAAAUGGGCACAAGGCAGAACCACGAAUCUCGCUUCAGAUGCAUCACAAAUUUUGCAGAUAGGAUCAACCAUUACGGUAGCCAGAAUUGGAGUUCCAGCAGCUGCAGCUGAAAGAAUGAGGUUCUUCAGAGGCGGUAUCAACAGAAAAAUUUUUCUAUAGAAAUAAAACAAAGCUUGUAAUUCUAAUAUUACUAAUACAAAUUUGACUUGAAAUUUUUUUUGAUAAAAUUACCUUCUGAUUGGCUUUGGCUUUGUUAACCAAUAAAUAUGUACACUUAUUCGAAAAAAGAGCGUGUUCAAUCCAAGGAUUAUCUUCUGGCAACCAAUUGUGCGCGCC